AUGUCUGAUUCACGUGUGAAUAAUAUGGGUCCAGUUAUGGAUGCAACGCCUGAAAUUCAAGAAAUAAGUGAACGUCCUGAAAUCAAACAUGCUGCUAUCAAUGCAUUACACAAAAAACAUCGAGAAAAUCGUAUUCAUCACUUUACAGAAGCACAUAAAGAAGGACAUUUAAGUGCUUGGACUGUAAUAAAAUAUGCUGAAGAAGAUGCUGCAUAUGGUAUCAAUUAUUUUAUGAAAGUAUCAAUUGGUGAUGGUCUAUUUAUUCAUAUUCGUGUACAUCGACGAGAAAAUGAAAAUAUUUACGACUUUUAUUCGUUACAUGAAACAUUUAAACAUAACACGGCUACGUGUGUAUUCACAGAAGUUUUUGAAUCUGGAUUACAUGAUCAUAGUCAAAGACAAGAAAAUAAUCGUCUUAAACCACCAAUUCGUACUGCUGUGCAAGAAAUGACACAUCAAGGUUUAAUACAAGGUCAAAUUCGUACAGCUGUAUCAGUAUUGCAUCCUAAUUUAACAACUGAUACAAAAAUUAAAAAUGUCCACAACUAUGAUGUAAUGAAAGAAUUAAUUGUCCACCACCUGACCAAUUCUAUCAGGUUUUUGUACCAUUUUAUGAAGUAAAAGAUAUUGAUAUGUGACAUUUCUUACACAGCAGUACGAAUUGGUGAUUUAAGACGAUUAUUUUCUUGUCUUUGACUAUGAUCAUGUAAUCCAGAUUCAAAAACUGUAAAUUUUCCUAACAAACAAACGAGUCCACCAAUAAUUGGUCAAAGAAAAGGAAAAGGUAGACCAAAAAAAGUAAAAGCAGCUUUAACAAAAGGGUAAGAAAAGCAUUGUUAUUAUUUUGUAUUUAUUAAAUUGCGUGAUAUUUUUUUGUUGAAUUGAUAAUGUUAUAUACGUACUACAUAAUAAUGCUUAAUUUAAAUCACGAUUAUAUAUACGCGCUUCUUUUUUCUUUUUUGAACCGGGCUCAUUUCCAUCUCUUUUUUGUUAAUUAAAGCAACUGGGAUUAAUUCUCUCUUUUUUCCGGGCUCAUUUAUUUUUGUGUCCAAUGAUAAUAUCACUUGAUAAAGAGAACAAGAUAAGUGCCACUUUUUUAACUUGAAUACAAUUAGAGAAAAGUAACUGAGACGUCUGUGUUGUUUGCGCAACUCUCAUCAAAAAGUUCUAUAACCAUAUGCUUAAACUUGUGCAAUGAACUGUGCAAUAAAAACCGUCUACUUUGAAAGGGAAGAAAAAAGAACAGCUCCUUCAGAAAUCGAACCUGGACGCCUGACCAGAAUGAAUUCUAAGAUCGAGGCACAAACCACUGAACUACGGAACUUACAGAAAUAAGUCUUCCCACUGCACACUCAUCAUGUUUUCUGAUAGACUUCACAAAUGUUAAACACCUUUCAAAAAGCUAUUCCUGUUGAAUUUGUAAAAAUCAAAUCAAAUGAUUUCGUACUAAUAUAUUAUUCUACCUUUUUGUGGAUAUAACAAUGAAUAAAAUUAGAGAAAAGUAGUGGAGACGUCUGUGUUGUUUGUGCAACGUUCAUCAAGAAGUUUAAUAACCAUAUGUUUAAAGUAAUGCAAUGAACAAAGUGUUUAUUUACAACAGUUGAUAAGCGACUAAUAAUUCACAUCUGUCGAUCGGUCAAAGGUUAUGCGAAUCAUUGCCGAUUGGAACUGAUGCGAAACUCGCUGUUAUCAAUCUACAUUUAUAUCUUAUAAUAAAAAUUAUUAAAAGAAAGUCGAGCACGCAGAAUAACUCUUAAAUUUAACGAGAGGACCUCGCGAACUGUCAUAUCGAUUUUUUAGCCAAACCUAGUGGGUUAUAGGUUAUCAGCUAUGCUGAAUCUGACUAUCACAGAGGUCUUCAGAGAGCGCUUUUCUGGAAAACCAAUUUUUCAGAAACUCUAAAAGGUAACCAAAACCUUUCUUAGUGAGCCAUGACUGUAGCCCGCAAAUUUCUGAUUAAAAUGAGAUGUCUCCCAGCUCCACACGAGCUUUUUUGCAAAGUUAUAGAAUUUACAACAAAAGCCCUAAAUUAAUUUCUUCUUACUUCUGUAGCUAUGAGAUGACAAUGAACAUUUAGGACUUUUCUUAUAAAUUCUAUAACUUUGCAAUAAAGCUCGUGUGGAGCUGGAGAUAUCUCAUUUUAAUCAGAAAUUUGCGGACUACAAUCAUGGCUCACUAAGAAAGAUUUUGGUUACCUUUUAGAGUUUUUGAAAAAUUGGUUUUCGAGAAAACCGCUCUCUGAAGACCUGCUAUUAUAUUCGGAUUCAGCAUAGUUGAUAACCUAUAACCCACUAGGUUUGGCUGAAAAAUCGAUAUGACAGUUCGCGAGGUCUCCUCGUAAGUUAGAUAUUAACAACUCUAAAUAGUCGAAUUAUUCAUUUUCUGGGAAUAAUCAUUUAGAAAUCAGCAGAAUCAUGCGAAAUUAGAUUGUAGAACAGAAACUGUCAAAACAAACAAAAAUCCUGACUUAGAAAAGGUUAACUUUCGAAGCUAAAGAAUCUCUUGCUCGAAAAGUUACAAAAAAGCUGGAAUUCCGUAACGGAAUGUAUUUUGACAUUUUUCGUGAUCUUGUGAACGAAUGUAAAAACCAGUUAGCGAUUCUGAAAGCUGGUCGAAAUCUGGACAACUCUUAUUUGGAACAUUUCUUCAUAUAGUGCUUUCGUAGCGAAGGGUAAAGUUUCAACAUUUCUUAAAAGAAAUUUCAUUUUUAAGAAUUCCGUAACGGCUAUUAUUUUUUUUAUAAAUCUCCAGCAAAUGAUCCAAACCGGCUGAAAGUUUUAAAAGAAGUAGAACUCCAUGUCUUCUAUCUAUGGUAAAAAUUUCAGAACUAUAUACUUUAUCGGUUGGAAGAUAUGACUCAUAGAAGCCAAAAAGAGGGAACUCCGAAGCAUUUGGCCACGCCGAUAUAUGCUUUAUUGCGCUAGUAUUAAUGUACUGACGAAGAUUUUGGAACUCGUCAGCAUUAAUAAAUCAUACACUAUUUUAUUCUUUAUUGGUCAGCACCACACGUUUAGUCUGCCCUUGAUAAAAUAAAUUAGCCAUACAAACUAUGUGCCUUCUGGCUUUAAGUAUGGCAUACUUAAAACACUUUAGGAGACAGGUCUGGCCAUGCUGCAUUUCAGAUUUGACUAUUUCCUUAUCUUAUUUUUACGUAUCUCUUAUAUUUUUUGUAAAACGGAACUGAACCUUUAAAGUUAAAAUAUGUUUAAGAUGUUAGUAAACUAAAAAGAUUUUUAUUAGUAAAUUCUGUUCCAUCAUCAGGACAAUGGCUAUAUUUGCAUGUAGUUCCAUGGCAAAAGCCAAUGUAUUUCUGAAAUCGACACAACUUUUUUUUUCUUUUUUUUUAUUAUGCAUUGUUUUUGCGCCGCUCGGAAGCGCUUGCAAAUUACAUAGAAGCAGGGGAGAAACAAUAACAAGGAAUUUAUGCGAUGGAUACAUAAAAACUUUCUGUCUAAAGGAUAUGCAGUUGGUUUUCCUGUUCAUUCCAUUUGACAGUUAUAUCACUAGAUACACUUGAAAGAAAAUUUAUCAAAAGGAUCAAAAGAGUCGAAAAGUAAAAAAGCGAGCGUUGGUGAGCGAAGAACGUGCCAGGGGCCAGUUUCAUCAAAAAACUUAAGUACGACUUUCGACUUAAGUCAGACUUAAUAUUUUGCUUAACUUAGGAGACCGAACAGGUACCCUAUGUAUGACUUAAGUCAAAAAAUUGAUCUUACCUAACUGAAAAACGUUAUUUCCUUGUAAAAGUCUUUAAAAAAGGAAAAAUAAAAUGGCAAUAGCAACGAUUUUAGCAGCAAGAGUAUUCAAAAGAGAACGAGUAUUCAGAGAUAGGCAAAAUCCAUUGGAAACAAUGACAGAUGAUAUGGUUUUAGCACGAUAUAGAUUUCCAAAAACGGCUAUAAUCAAUUUAUUGACUCUCAUUGAACCU